AUGUGGUUGGUGUGGAUUGGAGGACUUCUGAGCUGCCUUAUAGAGGCACAUGGUGCACAGGUAUGCUAUGAAAACCUUGGCUGCUUCUCUAAUGACAUGCCAUGGAGUGGCACUAUUGAGAGACCCAUCUCACGCUUACCAUGGAGCCCCGAAAAAAUCAACGCCCGCUUCCUUCUCUUUACACGCGAAAACCUAAAUGUCUACCAGGAAAUCAAAACAGAUAAAGAUGUCAUUGCAGCAUCCCAAUAUAAACCAACCAGAAAAACCCGUUUUAUAAUCCAUGGAUUCAUUGACAAAGGAGAUGAGAACUGGCUUCUUGACAUGUGUCAGCUCAUGCUGCAGGUUGAGGACAUAAACUGUAUCUGUGUGGAUUGGAAAACUGGGGCACGAACACUCUACACACAGGCAGCCAAUAACAUUCGAGUGGUUGGAGCUCAGGUGGCUUAUAUGAUUUCUGUCUUUAAGGAGAGUUUCCAGCAGAAGCCUCAUGUCCAUGUUAUUGGGCACAGUUUGGGUGCCCAUUGUGCAGCAGAGGCUGGCCAAAGGACGCCAGGACUUGGCAGGAUUACAGGCUUGGACCCAGCUGAACCCUAUUUCCAGGGUUGUCCUGCUAUAGUACGACUAGACCCCACCGAUGCUCAGUUUGUUGAUGUUAUUCACACAGACGGUCUUCCAGUGAUCCCCAACCUUGGCUUUGGAAUGUUUCAAGCUGUUGGGCACAUUGACUUUUACCCAAACGGAGGAGAGCAUAUGCCUGGCUGUGACAAGAACAUAAUCUCACAAAUUGUGGACAUAGAUGGAAUUUGGGAAGGCACCCGUGACUUUGUUGCCUGCAACCACCUGAGAUCCUACAAGUACUACAGUGACAGCAUUCUAACUCCUCAAGGAUUUAUGGGAUAUCCCUGCUCUAACGACGACAUGUUUGAGUCUGGACAUUGUUUCCCAUGUGCUAACAGUGCAUGUGCUAUCAUGGGUCACUAUGCUGACACAUUCCAAGUGCCCAAUGGAGUAGAGAAAAUGAAGUUCUACCUGAACACGGGUGAUGCUCGGCCCUUCUCACGUUAUCGCUAUAAAGUGACAAUUACCAUUGAUGGCUCUCGAACCAACAUGGGAUACUUCCUUGUGGCAUUGUAUGGUGCAACUGAAAAUACUCGCCAAUACCAGAUUCACAGUGGCAUUCUGAAGCCUGGAAAAACCUAUCAACUCCUUAUUGAUGUUGAAAAAGAUGUGGGUGAUCUGACACAUGUGAAGUUUCUCUGGAACAACAAUGUACUCAACCCAUUGCUGCCCAAGUUCGGUGCCACAAAAAUAACUGUGCAGAGAGGAAAGGACCGGAGAGCGUUCACAUUCUGUGGGUAUGAAAAGGUUCGAGAGAAUGUCCUUCAGACACUGUCUCCCUGCUAAUGAUGUUCAUAUGAGAUAUUUCAAUAAAG